GACGAAUUGAGUUAUGCGUUGCUGGAACUGCAAAAGGAUCGCUUCUUCGAGGAUCUAAAAGCGAAAUAUUGGAACAUGUCCCGCAUUAAAGCCUGUUCCGUAAACGAAGAACAAGAAGGUAUAUCACUCGAGAGUUUGGGUGGUGUAUUUAUUGCCACACUAUUUGGCUUAGGCUUGGCCAUGGUUACUUUGGUAUUGGAAAUAAUCUACUAUCGACGAAAAUACAGUGCAAUGAAUCGCUUCAGUGAAAUAACAAAAGUGAAACCCGCCUCUGGUACGUCCAUCAAACAAUUGUUACCGAAGAAGAAAUCAAAGAAACGUAUCGCUGUUUGGCAUACGAGCACAUCAAAGCGUGAUAACUCACCGGAACACAAGACGCCGCCACCAGCUUUUGAUGCCAUUAAAUUUCGAGGCAAAAAGGUACCACCAAGCAUCACAUUAGGUGGCCAAGAGUUCAAGCCGAGGCGAGGGGGCCAGCGUCAGAUAAGUGAAAGCUUGGAUAGUGCAGAGUAUAGAAAAGAAGGU